AUGGUGAAGGCAGACGUUCGACGGGAUUACUAUGCAGACCUGGGUCUGUCUCCCAGUGCGGAGUCAGAGGAUGUCAAGAAGCAGUUUAGAAAGCUUGCACUCAAGUUUCACCCCGACAGGAACCCGGGACGAGAGCAAGAGUUUAUCGCAAAAUUUCAGGCUAUCCAAGCAGCCCAUGAGAUUUUAAGCGAUCCGCAACAUCGACUUAAAUACGAUACGGACCGAUUACGCGCAGGAUAUGGAAAGGUCUAUGGGCCAGGAAAAUCCAGUGCUCCGCGAAGACCACCACCCGCUCAAGCCAGACCUACUCCUCCCAAGCCUCAACCGACAAGACCGAGCUAUCCCUCGUGGAAUGCCCCUGGUACGACACCGCAUCAACCAUCUGCUGGCGCGCAGCGAUACUCUUCACAUGCUCGAGCAGGAGCAGGAUCGCAACAGUGGCAAAAGAAGCAGGAUGAAUCGCAAACGAGAGCCGACGCGUACAAGAGCUUUUCUGGUAUGAGGGGAUCAACCGGGCCGACAUGGCAAUCAUUUGAUCCUCAAACAGGACGUUCGGGCAGUGGAUCUACACCUGGUGGAAUACCGAGACAACAGAAUACGCCGUUUGGAAAGUCCGCAUAUGAGAGUACCAGAGCGCAGCAAUCGGCUACUCCGAACUCGGGUAAGAAGAAGCAGGGAUACGCGCCUGGAAAUGCCGCAGGAGAUGAGCCACCAGCGAGGAACACUUCUGCAUACACUCAUAAUCGGAGCGAACGUCCUCACACCAUGUACUUUGAACCUGCUCCAUCGCCAACUGCGAGAAAGCCGAAGCCACCACCUGCGCCUGAGCCUCCAACGUUUACCGAGGAGUUUGAGCGGAAUAGAAGAGGAUAUGCAUCAACAGGAGGAGAGAAGACGUUCUUCUCUAGCUCGAAUCUUGGACGACAAAGUAGCUCGCGCAUGUCUUCAAGUGGAUUCCGAUCCUCCAAUGCGUCGCGCACCAACCCGCCUAGUCCUGAAUAUCCCUCGUCAGAUGGCAGACACCACAGCGCCAGUCCCAAACCCAGACGACCAAAAGGUCACUCAUUUUCAUCGGCGCAUUCUACCAGCUCUAGUGAUUUGGAUGAUUCAGACGAAAUACCCGAGACUCGACACCGUCCUACCCAACCAGGCCCCAAGCCUAAAGCCGUGCCAAAGAGUCGACUCAGACCCAAUCAACAAUUUGCCGACUUUCAUCGAACUGGAGACGCCAGCCCUGGAACUGGUGAGGAACCUAAUUCUACCCGGCAAAGCAGCUAUCAACGCUCCCAGCCAACAGCGCCAACGCCGCUAAGCAGAGGCACCCGGAGACCUCGCAUGGAUUCUCCACACCCGUUUGUGGACUUGACAGCUGACCGCGAUGAAAAUAAAGGACAUAAUUCAGAUAGCGCUGCAUUUAGACGAGGCUCGACCCGUCCGGAACAGCCUAGCCAGCAUCAAGGCUCCGCCACGCGGUAUAGAUUACCCUCGUUUUUCGAUUUUCUUGGCCGUGCACUCUUCAGUACUGAUUCGAAUUCGAACUUUAGCCCUGAACCGACCCAGGAUACUUCAAGCCGCUCAUCUACAGCCUUUGGUCACCGAGAUCCUAGCAAGCUAAACACUAUCCACAAGAAAUUCUCUGCCGAAGAUUGGAGGAAUCUUGGGUCCUUUGAUUUCGGACCUUCAUCUAACGGACAGUCCACACGUAGCUCGAAGCCUCCAAGUCCUUUGAAUCCUGAGAGUGCUUCCGCAGAGUCCAUGCCCUCUGCAGGGGCUUCUGGUGUGAAACAAAAUGGUGAUGUACCACCUGGAGACCAGCCACAAAAACAAGCAUUUACACCUUUCCCACAAGCUAAGUUCAAUGCCGACAUCUGGGCCAAGGAGCUCAAUAAUCUUGACUGGAAGGCUCCCGAGCAGGAUAAGGCACGUCAAUCAGCAAAUACGCCUCCUUCUCGGAGUCCUAGAAAACAGUCUAGGGCAGGAGCUGGAGCUAAGGCUUGGACUACUCCGCAACCUGCGAGCGUAGCGUCCGAGGCUGAAGAGGCCAAUGAGACCGUCAAUGUAUCCGAUAUGGAAGCUAUGGAUAUUGACGAGGAAAUCCCUCUACCAUCAAUGCCAGAUCAACCAGCCGCCGAAGAAAGCCAAGAGAAAAAGCCUUCUCAGCCAGACUCUCCCGUACAGCCUGCCCAGACUGAAAAUAAUGCAUCGAAUGUAGAGCCCGGCGCACCACUGUUUGACCUGGAUAACAUUCUUAAAACGGCUCCGUUUACUACGACUAACAACGGUGGAAUCGAGAAUCUCGAUGACGUCCACGCAACAUUACCAUUUGAGUCUCGUGCAAAGAAACAAACCACAACAGAGCGUGACAUUCGACCUCGUGACCUCAAUCUCCCGAAUCCACCCAAAAGACCCAAGGCGCCGAAGCGGAUUCAGAUGGGACUUUACAGAGAAGUUCUACCAGAGGAUAAAUGGAAACAUUAUCUCUCCCAUAUGGCUUCCUACAUUCAUGAAUGGAACUCGUUCAAUCGUCGCAUGCUCCUACAUUUCAAUACACGCCAAGAAGCGAUGCAAACAGGACUCCAUCCUAACUGGAUGAGUGGAGUUGGAGACUCAUCUCGUCUCAAGAUAGACGGCGAUGAUGAAGGCGAGAAUCAUGACCCCAAUUCUUCCGAUGCAGAUGAGUACUUGAUUCCUCAAAGCCGGAAGGGAGGGUUCAGUGCCUACCUACGUGGUAUUGAAGAAGAUAUUCAAGUACGCAAGCAUUGGGAUGUUGCAUGCGAGAUGCACCGCGAGUGUAUUAUGGAAUUGGGACGUCUCCGUGAAUGGAUCCGGGGUGGGGGACAGUUGGUUGCAUUUUCCACAGUCUGA